AUGUCCAUAUGCUCCGUUUAUAUAUCUGGCACUUCUCCUCUGUCUGCAGUCACAGAGGCAAAGCCGUCAGUGAUAAUUUUAUCAGGGGGUCCUCACAGCGUGCACCAGGAGGGAGCGCCCGUUCUGCCCCAGGGAUUCUGGGACUAUGUCUUGCACAAUGAAAUUUUUGUACUGGGUAUCUGCUAUGGUCUCCAGUUGAUGGUGCAGAUGAUGGGGGGUCAGGUAAAGUCCGCAGAGAGCCAGGAAUAUGGGAGAAUGGAGAUACGUGUUCAGAAGGGGAUCAGUUUGUAUGGGGAUUCUGUAGAAGAGAGGCAGGCUGGGUGGAUGAGCCAUGGGGGCGAGGUGGUCAGGUUGCCUGAAGGGUUCUCUAUUGUGGCAACGAGUCUGCAGAAUGCUGUGGCCGCUAUAGAAAAUCCAGCCAAGAAACUCUAUGGUCUUAAGUACCAUCCCGAGGUGACCCAUUCAGUAAAUGGUGUGGAGACACUACACUAUUUCCUUUUCAGUGUUUGUGGCAUUGAGGCUGAUUGGAAAUUUGCAAGAUGUGGAAAGAAAUUGCAGUUGUAA